UAUACUUGUGAAGAACUCUUUCUAAAGUGUUGGUGGAGAAGUAAAACGAUAUCCUGUUGUGAUACCUUAAAGAUGCAAAAAACUGAGUACGGUAUCUGCUACUCCUUCAAUUCAGCUUCAAGCGAAGAGCAGAGUAUGAUUAACGCCACAGAGUUUGAACCUCGAAGGACUACAAGUUUCAACGUAUGGAGUGGUUUUCGUAGUUUGAUAAGAAGCUAUCCUGGACGAGUUCAAAAAUACAAUUAUCCUACCGGUGUAUUGGUAAUAGUCCAUCAUCCGUACGAGUGGCCACAACAGGCAAAGUUUAUACCUGAGGGAACGGGUAUUUCCAUUGGCAUUCAACCCACAGCAUUUUAUGCAUCAUCUGAUGUAAGAAGAUUAACGUCCACUGAGCGUCAAUGUAUCUACAAUGAAGAAGUUACUUCCCUUCGUGCGGAGAUUAUGAAUCUGCAGGGGCUUCCGUAUCUGCGUGCCAAUUGUAUGGCAGAAUGUCGACAGCGAGCCAUGAUGGCAUAUUGCAAUUGCAUCCUCGACCUCUUCUACCCAUCAGGUGAGUGGCCAUUAGUACCUCCUGUUGCGAAGACACCCCAUCGUGUCCAGAAACUUUGCCAAUCAAUGCAUCCAAAGUGCCGAUGA